AUGAAUAUAGCAAGAGAGUAUGACCAAGCUUCAUAUAUAGAGUUAGUAGAACAACUUAAGAAAAAACACAAAGACGGUAUAAAAAAGUUACAGCUAGAGAAACCCUUAGACAAAUCAAAAGCAGAAGAAACUUCCGAACUUUUAAAAAGAAAACCUAAGGAAGAUCGAAUUCAAAAACAAAUUGAUAUAAUGAUUGAAUUGUUACCUUCGAAUGUACAACAACAUGUAGAAGACAGAGAAUUCUACAAAUGGAACCAUUUUAUGGCUGUUGUUAAGAGUAAAUAUGAUUUGGAGAAAAGAAAGAAAUUUGAUGAUGAGAGAUUUAGAAAAAUUGACAGGGGAAAGAGAUCUCAAAAUAAUAGGAAUAAUAAAUUGACAAAUCCAGAGAAUAAGACAGAAACCAAAGGUAAACUGAUAAUUUGUAAUUCUUGCGGAAAGCAAGGGCAUAUUGCUAAAAACUGUUAUAGUAAGAAGGAAAUAAAGAAGACAGCUUUAUUAAAUGUUAUGGGAGAAGAAAAAAACAACAGUAUAGAAUUGAAUAGUAAAACUCUAUUCAAUCUUGAAAACAAAAGUACAAAUAACACUGAUAAAACAUCAGAAGAAAGUAUGGAAAAAUUUUCCAAAUUAUUAUAUAACUCCAUAAAAUAUAAGGAACACAUGCCUGUAUCUAACAUCAAUACAAACCGAAUUUUCUUAACACCAUGUCGAAUCUAUAAUAUGGAAGUUAUAAGAGCCAUAGAUACCUGUGCUGAUUGUACGAUUAUAUCACGUCACUUGAAAGAUAGUUUAAAGUUGGAAGAAUCUGAUAAAGAAGAAAAAUUAAGUGUUACUAAUGGCCAUAUAAGUUUAAAAAAAUUAAAAGGAAAUUUAUCAAUAACUAUUAAUGAUAACACUUAUGAAUUGUACGAUACACUGGUUGCAAAGCAUGACUUCGAAGGAUUUGAUAUUUUACUUGAUACCAAUUUAUUAAAACGAUUAAAUGCUGUCCUAGACUGUCAAACAGGAAAAUUGAUCUUUGAUGAAGAUAAAACUUUAGCUAAUAAAGCUAUUUGUCAUCUAAGCAAUAAAUACACUUAUGAGAACAGUUCUAGAUUUUCGCUGAAGUUGAGAAAAGAAUAUAAAGAUUGUUUUGCGGAAAGUGAAAUGGAUAUUACCUCAGGAGAAGUUUCUGCUUAUGCUCAAUUCAUGCUUCAUGAAAAUAAUAGAAAUAAUUUUGGACUAACAGUAUGCUCCAGAAAUUAUGUUUAUCUGACAUUACCAAUGAGAGCGAAAAAUUCUAGCCAUUUAUUACAUAUAGAAAUGCAAAAAAUAUUUGCUACCUUGAUUAAAUCUAAAAAACUUGUCUUAUACAAUGAUGAUGCUCUUUUAUUGACAGAUGAUACAGAUCCUGAAAUACACAUGAAUCUACUUCAUCAAUUCUUUUCUUUAAUGAGAAAAUACAAAUUGAAGACAUCAUUUAGUAAAUCUUCAUUCUUUUUAAAACAAGUAGAAUUUUUGUCAUUUACUUUUGAUAAAGAAGGUUGGAGACCUUCACAAUCUAGUAUAACAAAAAUUUUAAACUCAAAAAUUCUACAAACCAAGAAACAAUUACUCCGAUUUUUGUUGGCCACUAAUUACUUUAGAUCUUGUAUAAAAAAUUAUUCUCAAAAAUCUGCCAAAUUAUUUGCACUGACCACAGGAAAGAAAAAUAAAAACAUAAUAUUAGAGGGAGAAAACUUGAAACUUUAUAAAAAUAUUGUUGAGGAUUUAAUAAAUCCGCAAAAGUUAAAUUUUGGAGAUUUUAAUAAAAAAUAUUAUUUACAUACUAAUUCAUCUGAAACUGAUCUAGGUGGAUGUUUAACACAAAUGAUUGACAUAAACGGCGUAAAUGUAAAAAAACCAUUAGCCUUUUAUUCUAUGAAAUUACCAUAUUCUGUUAGGAAAAGGCAUUCAACAUAUCUUGAAUUAAAAGCAAUUGUAGAAUGCCUCAAGCAUUGGUCAUAUAUUUUAAUAAAAUGCAAAAAAGGCAUCGAAAUAAUAUGUGGCUAUAAACCUUUGAUUACAAUAAAGAAUACAGCUACUGAAAGAGAAGAUAACGUAGUUCCAGAUUGGUUAUCUAGACUUCAUGAAUAUGAAGAAAAAAUACAAAAGGAAGAUAAAAUUAAUUUACAGAUGGUAAAUUGGACACAACUAGAAGAAUCUUUACAUACAUAUGCAGUUAUAAAAAAACGAAAGCGGAGAAGACCGAAGAAACUCAAAGUUGAAACUAUAAGCAACGAAAAUGAAUUCAAAUUACUCCAAAUGAUUGCUAAUCAACAAACCAUAUUGAAGACUGAAGAACUAAAGGAAUACCAAGAGAAAGAUGAAAUCAUUCAAAAGGCAUUAUCAACAGGAUUUCAUUUAGAUUAUCCUAUAAAAAAAAUUAAUGGAAUUGUAAAAAUCAAAAUAAAUAAUAGAACUAUUGAAGAUACCAAAGGUCAGUUUUCAAAAAAAGAAAAUGAAGGAUUUGUCUGCUUCAUACCACAAUCAUUAAGCAACAAAAUAAUAUCUCUGUUCCAUGAAAAUAGACAUUUCUCAUACUUAAAAACUAGAGCAAUGCUAAGACAAUUAGCAAACUGUGAAAAGAUGGCAAUGAAUAUAAGAAAGGUUUUGAAUAAUUGUAUAGAAUGUGCUAGAAGAAAUAGUGCACUAACGAGACAAUCAAGUGCAAAAGUUACAUCUUAUGCUGAAUAUUCUAUGGAUUCAUUAUCAUUAGACCUUCUAUGUCCAGCUAUACCCGACGAGGAAUUUAAAUAUGUUAUGAAUGUACAAGACAACUAUACAAGAUACUUGUGGAACAUACCACUAAAAACAAAAUCAUACAAAGAAAUUUAA